CCGCAUUCCAAUUCCAGCAAACAAUCUUGUUCGACUCACUGCACUCCUCUUUUUCUUGCCGAUUCGCCCACCUACGCCGCCUCCAAUCUUCCUCUACCUUGAACAUCAAACAAUGGCCUCUUUAUUCAUUCAACCACUCUUCCAUCUGCAGCCGAAAACCUGACGCUAAACCUCGAAUCUCCCUCACAAACCCUGCAAAAAUUCCUCUUCCGGAUGACGAUUCCACGGCCAGCCCCACCUGGAUCAAAAGCUGGGGCGAAGAAUCCCGCUACCGCCUCAUCCCUAAGCGGCCACGAGCCGCCCUUGAUUACCGAAGCGGCCUGUCCAGCGACGACGAGGAGUUCGGCACCAGCGCGAGCACUGGAAGCAGCACAAUGUCGAAGAUCGUGGAGAAGCUCAAGAAAUUUGGGUAUAUGGAUGACACUAGUGAGAUAAAGGAGCAGCCUUUGCCCGAGAAGGGGUCAGUAGAGGACAUCUUCUAUGCUGAGGAUGGGAUUCUGCCCAAUUCUAGAGGUGGGUUGUCGUUGGAUUUGAACGAGGAAGUUCGGUUUCCGUGGGAGAAGCGUCGGGGCGGCAUGGAGGGGGAUGAUAAUGGUGGGAACUCUGUGCGGAAGAAGAAAAGUAAGACUAUAUUGGCGGAGCUGACGCUUCCUCAAGGGGAGCUGAGGAGGUUGAGGCAUUUGGCUAUAAGAGAAAAGUCUAAAACUAAGAUUGGUGGUGCGGGUGUGACCCAUGAGAUUGUUGAUGCUAUUCGAGAGAAGUGGCAGACUCAAGAGGUGGUGAGGCUCAAAUGUGAGGGGGCGCCAGCCCUCAAUAUGAAGCGCAUGCAUGAGAUAUUGGAGAGAAAAACAGGAGGGCUGGUGAUAUGGAGAUCUGGAACAUCUGUUUCACUAUAUAGAGGAGUAAGCUAUGAGAACCCUAAAACAGUGAAAAAGAAAUAUCAUAGCUUACCAAAUACUUAUGAUACUUCACACAAUACCUUCAAGCAUACAGGCAUUUUAACAGAUAAUGUGAAAACCAUUGAUUUGCAAGAUGAUCGUGCAAAAAGCAUUGAUGUGCAAGAUUAUAACGUAAAAAGCAUUGAUGUGCAAGUUGAGGGCGAGUAUUUGACUACUUUUGAGAAGAAAAAUAACACUGGGCUGUCUGCCGAAAUCAAAUACGAAGAUGAGAUGGAUAAGCUGUUAGAUAGUCUUGGCCCAAGAUACACAGAUUGGCCUGGAAAUGAUCCACUACCUGUGGAUGCUGAUUUGCUUCCUGCCAUUGUACCGGGCUUUAAACCUCCAUUCAGAAUUCUUCCUUAUGGAGUUAGGCCUACUCUUGGACUAAAGGAAGGUACUGCAUUAAGGAGGCUGGCAAGAAUGCUUCCUCCUCAUUUCGCCCUCGGCAGAAGCAGGCAGCAUCAAGGGUUAGCUACUGCUAUGGAAAAAUUGUGGGAAAAAAGUUGUAUAGCAAAGAUUGCUUUGAAACGAGGAGUGCAACUAACUACUAGCGAAAGAAUUGCUUCAGAAAUAAAGAGCUUAACAGGGGGUGUAAUUCUUUCUAGGAACAAGGAUUAUAUUGUCUUUUAUAGAGGGAAAGAUUUCUUAUCCGCGGAAGUAAGUGAGGCGUUGGUUGAGAGAGAAAGAUUAGCGAAGAACCUGCAAGAUGAUGAGGAACAGGCAAGAAUAAGGGCAUCUUCUUCAGUUCUCUCAAACGCCAAGACACUUGAAAUGACUGAAGAGCAAGGCACUGCCGGUACCCUUGGAGAGACGCAAGAAGCAGAUGCCAGAUGGGGAAAGAAACUGGAUAAUGACUAUGAGAAAAAGAUGAUUAAAGCUGCAGAAGCGGCAAGGCAUGCUGACAUUGUGAGGAAGCUUGAGAAGAAACUUUAUCUUGCUGAACGUAAGGUAAUGAGAGCUGAAAGAGCUUUAGCCAAGGUGGAGGAAUCCUUGAGACCUGUAGAACGUAAAGCAGACACAGAAAGCAUAACUGAAGAAGAAAGGUUCAUGUUUCGCAAACUUGGGCUGAGAAUGAAGGCCUUCUUGCUCCUUGGAAGGAGAGGAGUUUUUGAUGGGACAGUAGAGAACAUGCACCUGCAUUGGAAGUAUAGAGAGUUGGUGAAGGUCCUUGUGAAAGCCAAAACUUUUACACAAGUUAAGCACACUGCAUUAUCACUUGAAGCUGAGAGUGGAGGAGUUUUGGUUUCUGUGGACAAGAUAUCCAAGGGUUAUGCAAUUGUUGUCUUUCGUGGAAAGGACUAUCAUCGACCUCCUACGCUCCGGCCAAAAAAUCUCCUUACGAAGAGGAAAGCCUUAGCUCGUUCCAUAGAACUCCAGCGUCAUGAGGCUCUUAACCGCCAUAUCUCAAACUUGAUCAACAAGGUUGAGAAGUUGAAGGCUGAAUUGGAUAAAAUGGAAGAUGUCAAAGGCGAAGGUGAUGAUGAAUUGUACAGCAAGCUUGAUCUGGCAUAUAGUAGUGAAGAGGAAGAAAAUGAGGAUGAGAAUGACGAAGUUUAUCUUAGAAGUUUUGAUAAUGAAAUCAACACCGAUGGAGGUGAAGCAAAUGGCGAAUAUGAGUCCAGAUCAAAUGGUUAUGCCGAUGUGGUCGUCGAUGCUAGUGAGGCUAGCAGAUAUGAUAGUGAUGACGAGUUUGAUGAUGAUGAAGCCGAGGAGGAGGAAGAAGAAGAAGAAGACUAUGAUGCUUUUAGUCCCUCUGAUGAAUCCAAGUCAUUCUGGCCUUCUGCGAGCUCCUUGGACCCUCCUGAAAGGGGAAUAACUGAUGAAUCAGAAAUGUAUGUAUAAGCCAAAUUUUCCUCUAUUUCUUCAGUUAGAAUGGUCUAUUCUCCAAUAAUGCCAUUGUAAAUUAUGAUAUACGCAAUAUAUCCAAUCCUAAAAAUGUCUUGUUCUUGUUUAUCAA